UGUUACAUGCGCACUAGAAAACAUGGCGGACUAACAUCACGUUUGAGAAAUUAACACAAACCUUUCCGAACAAGGAAAAUAACGUUGCAGCUGCUGUCAUUUUGCGAGGAGGGCAGAGGAAGGAGGAGGGACUGGUCGCCUGCGUUUGCACGCCAUCCUCUUGGCGCAAAAAGGCGCUCUUCUUUUGAAAGAAACAAGAAAACGACAGUCCCACUGAAGGAACCGUUUUUCAAGACACUAAUGCAGAACUAAGAAGAUCAAAAUACAGCAGGAUCAUGAGAAAACCUGUGCCACAGAAAGCUAUUGAGUGGAAAGAUGCCAAGCGGAUCAAGCACCCUCGCAGUGGCCGACCCUCACGAGUUCCAUCACAGUAUCAAGGGCACUUCAGUUGGGAGAAGUAUCUGAAAGAGAUUGGUGCUGUAGCUGCCCCUGCCCAUUGCUUUAAACAGAGCACUACACCCCCAGUAAAUGAGUUCAAGGCAGGAAUGAAGCUGGAGGCCCAGGAUCCCAGAAACACCACGUCCACCUGCAUCGCCACAGUGGUGGGGUUGACUGGCUCACGCCUCCGGUUGCGCCUGGAUGGCAGCGACAACAAGAAUGACUUCUGGCGCCUGGUGGACUCGGCUGAGAUCCAGCCCAUCGGCAGCUGCGAGAAGAGUGGAGGCAUGUUGCAGCCGCCCCUGGGGUUCCGACUGAAUGCAUCAUCCUGGCCUAUGUUCCUCCUGAAAACACUCAACGGUGCUGAGAUGGCACCAGCACGCAUCUUUCACAAGCAGGAGCCUCCCUCUCCAGAGCAGAAUUGUUUCCAGGUGGGUAUGAAGCUGGAGGCAGUAGACAGGAAGAACCCACACUUCAUCUGCCCUGCAACAGUAGGGGCGCUGCGAGGCGUGGAGGUGCUGGUCACCUUUGACGGCUGGAGGGGCGCCUUCGACUACUACUGCCGCUACGACUCCAGAGACAUCUUUCCUGUGGGCUGGUGCUCACUUACUGGAGACAAUCUGCAGCCGCCCGGAACUAAAGUGGGGUUACCGAAGCAGCUGGGUGCUCUAAGCGCCCUGCCUGACAGUGGUGUGGAGGGCUCAGGCAUGCCCCCCACGCCCGCCAGGCCUCCAGCCCAGAAGGGACGGAAGCCUGGGCGCAGGAAAAGCAAGUUGACCAGCCUCUGGAACCAAAAAGGCACCACAGCUACUGUCGAGCUCCAGGCAGACCAGUCUGGAAAAGUACUGGGACCAGUCAAAAUCCCCAAGAAGAGAGGCCCUAAGCCUGGGAACAAGCUGAGCUGGGCUAAGAGGGCUGUGUGGAUGGAAGGAGCGAUGGCAGGUCCUGGUAGACCCCGAAGCCGACUACCAGCCAGCUGGGCUCAAAGACUACAGCAGGAUGAGACAGAGCCCUUGAAGGUCCCCAAAAAGAGAGGCCCUAAACCUGGCAGCAAGAGGAAACCACGGGUGGUGCCCGACCCAGUGCCCAUCUCUCCCACUAGCAGCACUCCAGAGCCAGACACCAGCUCUGUGCCCCUGGAUAAUGCCACCAUCCCCAGUGCCGCCUUGCAGGCUCCAACAGUGUGUGUUUAUCUGAAUAAGCAUGGGAAGAUUGGUCCUCACUUGGACGCACGGCGGGUGCAGGCUCUGCCCGAUCACUUUGGCCCUGGCCGGGCAUCCUCAGUGCUGCAGCAGUGUGUGCAGGCCUGUGUGGACUGUGCACUUAACCAGAGUACUGUCUUCAACUGCCUCAAACCAGGCCACGGGGGAGAGCUCAUCUCAGCCCACUUUGACCAGCAGCAACACACACUGACUUUGCCAGCAGUGAACAGUGUGACUUACGUACUACGCUUCCUGGAGAAGCUCUGUCACAACCUGCACUGUGACCCUUUGUUUGGCAGCCAGCCUGUGCCUCUGGGAGGAGUACACUAUGACAGCCACACCUACACGGAGAGGAGGGGUUUUGCAGAGUGCCUCGGUUCAGGACCGGGUCGAGGUACUAAAAGAUUUCUUCAGGACUCGUAUAACAACAGUCAGAUGCCCCAUAAAAUGGCAAAAAGCCACCGCCUCUCCUCUGAAGAGCCUUUUCUGGUGGAGAACGGAGGAUCAGAUCACUUGGAGAAAACUCCACUCUCCCCCACUAAGAAUCUGGGUCUGCACCCUCACUCUCAGAGUAGUAGCUCCCCCAGCCGACUACACCGCCUGGGCUCUGCAGGUUCAGAGCGUUUCCUGAACACCAGAGAGAGUCCUCGACCUAGUGGCCAGGACCCAAACCUGUGGACAGUGGAGGAUGUCAUGCAGUUCAUCAGAGAUGUAGACCCUCAGCUUGGCCCACAUGCAGACCUGUUCCGCAAACAUGAGAUUGACGGGAAGGCUCUCCUCUUGCUACGCAGUGAUAUGAUGAUGAAAUACAUGGGCCUGAAGCUCGGUCCUGCCCUCAAGCUCACCUUCCAUAUCGACAGACUAAAACAGGGUCGCUGAUCUCGAAAGGCUCCAGAGCCAUUUCCCAAAUCCCCACUCCCCAUCUACUCUUUUCAAGCACAUGGCAUACUGGCAACAUAUGCCCAAUGAAGCAUACUGAAGCAUAUUGUAGCAGUGGUCACCAGGCUUUCAGCCUGAUCAUUUCUGAAUUUGUGUCCAUUCGUCUGUUGUUACCUACAGUUGUAUACAAAUGUUUGGGCACCUCGGACCAAAUUACAUAUUUUGUUGAAUUUUGAAGAGAAGAGUAGUAAGCGCAACAUAUGCAGCAAAUUAUUUAAAAUGUCGAUAUGCAGUUUUUUUAAUUAACUUAAAAAAAAAAAAAAACUUUUAAAAAUGUAAAAAUAAAAUAGUAAUUGUGGCAUGUGCAAAAGAUUGGACACUCUACUAAGUCAGUACUUAGUAGCACCCCCUUUUGCAGGUACCUUUGUAGGUAGCUAGGAGUCUUUAUAUUCCCAUUUUAGGUAUUUUUACCCACUGUUCUUUGCCGAACUUUUCCAGUCCUGUGCCAUCUUGAGCCGUCUUGCAUGCAAAGCAUGCUUAUGAUCUGCCCUCAGAUUAUCAAUGAUGUUUAAGUCAGGAGACUAUGAAGGCCAUUCCAAAGGCUUCAGCUUGCAUUUCUUGAAGUCGAUCUUUGUGGAGUUUGAGGUAUGUUUUGGAUCAUUGUCCUGUUGUAGAAGCCAGUCUCGUUUCAGCUUCAGUUCCUUGACUGACUGUGUCACAGUUGCUUCCAGAAUUUUCUGAUAUUUUCUGCAAUCCAUUCUUCCAUCUAGCCAUGCAAUGUUACCAGUGCCACUGCCUGCCACACAACAGCAAAGCAUAAAUAGACACAGCCCCAUGCUUAACAGCUAGUAAGAUGUUCUUUACAUGAAGUGCUGCACCUUCUUUCUCCAAAUAGCACAUUUCCAAAAUGGCAUAUCUAAAUGUUGUCUUGUAUAUUUUAGACAUGAAGUCACAGGUAAGAUUUCCUUCUAAUGUCUCUUCCAUGCAGGUCAUGUUUGUCCAAAUAAUGCUGCACAGUAAAGUGGUUCAGUACCACUCCUGUGUCAGCUAAACCUUUAUGCAGGUCUUUUGCUGACAUAUGAGGGGUUUGCUUUUCCAGGGCCAUCUCCCAAACCCUAACUCCUUUUUUUGCCAGCAUAUGAGCAGUUCUGUCUAAAAGUUUCCUUUGUCUUCCAGAUCUUGCUUUGACAUCCAUGGUUCCCCUUAACUGCCAUUUUUUUAUGACGUAUUGGACAGUGUAAAUUGCAAGCUGUAAGUGCCUCGGUGUCUUUUUAAUAGCCUUGCCUUGCUUUGUAAGAGCUUUUCAGAUCCUCAGCCAGCUGCUUAGAGGAGCUCAAGGUUGUUGAGUGUUAGCACGAAGUUUAAGGAGUCAGAGAAUUUAUUUGCUCUGGAAUCAGCUGAUAAUUCCUAAUGACAGUUCUUGACCUGUCUGACCAGUCCUAAUGAGUUAAAUAAGGCCUAAUGAGUUAAUUCAGGGCUCAUACGGUCAUGAAAUCUUGGAAAAGUCAUGGAAUAUAGUAAGUGCUAGAAAAAUCUUGGAAUUUCCUGGACUUCUCCCCAAUGCGGUUUGUCAUCUCAUCAGUUUUGAUGCACUGAAGAAUCUACAUUGCGAAAAAACAUACCAUAGGUAAAGUUCACAAAAUUAAAUGGUUCUUACCUGUCAAAUAUAUCGCUAAAAUUAUUACUAAAACAGGAAUUUAUAUGUCAGUGUCACAGUAUUUUGGUAUAGAUGAUAUAUCGUCCAGCAUGCUAAAUGUUUGCCAUGAAAAUUUAAUUUAAUGCCAUGGAAAAGUCAUGAAGAAGUCAUGGAAUUCCACUGCUUAAAAAGUGUAUUAAGCCUGUUAAUUAGGUUCUGAGAGUUUACAGUGGAAAGGUUGUCCAAAGUUUUGAACAUGCCAGAGCAUAUUCUAUAAAGGAAAUAUGCAUUAACAUUUGAAGGAAGAAAAAUAAAAUGGUUUGUUGCAGAGGUUAUGUUUACUUUACAUUUCAAAAAUCAACAAAAUAUGUAAUUUGGCCUAGGGUGCUCAAAGAUUUGCAUAAAUAUGUACAUGUUCCUCCUUGUUCUUGUCCGUUUUGGUGCCACAUGUAGCGCCCUUCUCCCCGGUCUCAUGUUAGGGUCAGCUGUCCCGCGCACAUUUCUCAUUAUGCUGUUCCAUCCUGAAUGUUCUGUAUGUUCUUGUGUCUGCCAAGGUCUCGAGUUAUGCAGGAUCAGAUCCGUGUGGACAGUAUCUAGGCCUUUUUUGGGCCUCCGUUUUUAAGACAUAUCUUUAUUUUUAUUGUGUAUUUUACAGCCCCAGUCAACAAGGAUUUUUCUAUAAAAAUCAGUUUUCUUUAAUAAACUCAAACACUAGAUCUCUCCCACCGGACUUUGGGAUUGGUUCUGACUGAUGUCUCCUUCAGAGACACUUUUUCAUGCUUAAUACUGUACUUUAUACAUAACACCUAACUUGCAAUUACUGCCAUGUUAAUGUGUAUUUUGUAUUGUCUUGAUGUUUACAUGGUGUCUGUUAUUUGUACUUUUUUAAUUUUUUAUACUAUAUUGUUAGAGUGUUAUACUCAGUAGGCUAAAAA